AUGAUGUCUUUAGAAGAAGAAGGAGGAAGAGGAGAAGGAGGAAGAGGAGGAGGAAGGAGAAAGAGGAGGAAGGAAAAGGAGAAGGAAGGAGAAGGAGGAGGAGUGGGUGGACGACUGAUAUGGAAAAAUGACGCUUACUUCUCUCUUGGGAAUUUAGGUUUAGAGAUGCACGGGAUCAGUGCAAUCUUCUUGACAACAGGUGCAAAAGGGCAUGCUUUUGAGAGGCAGGAUACAGAAGCUAUGAGUAUAACCAGCCUCAGAUGGGUAAGUGAUACAGCCACCGCGUUGCAUCCCCCUCCAAUGUGGCAAAAGAAUGGUAGCCUGAAGUUCAAGGUGCAAGUUCGGAAAGCCAAUUUUCCCAUUACUUAA